AUGGCCGGGGCCAUCGCUUCCCGAAUGAGCUUCAGCUCGCUCAAGAGGAAGCAGCCUAAGACAUUCACCGUGCAGAUCGUCACCGUGGAUGCGGAGAUGGAGUUCAAUUGCGAGGUGAAGUGGAAGGGGAAGGACCUGUUUGACUUGGUGUGACGGACCCUGGGGCUUCGCGAAACCUGGUUCUUCGGCCUGCAGUACACGAUCAAGGACACCGUGGCCUGGCUCAAGAUGGACAAGAAGGUGCUGGAUCACGAUGUCUCAAAGGAAGAGCCAGUCACCUUUCACUUCCUGGCCAAAUGUUAUCCCGAGAAUGCCGAGGAAGAGCUGGUUCAGGAGAUCACGCAACACUUAUUCUUCCUGCAGGUGAAGAAGCAGAUCUUGGAUGAAAAAAUCUACUGCCCUCCCGAGGCGUCUGUGCUCCUGGCUUCUUACGCCGUCCAGGCCAAGUACGGCGACUACGACCCCUCUGUUCACAAGCGGGGGUUUCUGGCCCAAGAGGAAUUGCUUCCAAAAAGGGUAAUAAAUCUGUAUCAGAUGACUCCGGAAAUGUGGGAGGAGAGGAUCACAGCCUGGUGCGCGGAGCACCGAGGCCGAGCCAGGGACGAAGCGGAGAUGGAGUAUUUAAAGAUAGCUCAGGACCUGGAGAUGUAUGGUGUGAACUGCUUCACAAUCAGGAAUAAAAAGGGCACAGAGCUGCUGCUCGGAGUGGAUGCUUUGGGGCUUCACAUUUAUGACCCUGAGAACAGGCUGAUCCCCAAGAUCUUCCCGUGGAACGAAAUCCGGAACAUCUCCUAUAGCGACAAGUUUACCACUAAGCCUUUGGAUAAGAAAAUCGAUGUCUUCAAGUUUAACUCCUCAAAGCUUCGUGUCAAUAAGCUGAUUCUCCAGCUGUGUAUUGGGAAUCACGACCUGUUUAUGAGGAGAAGGAAGGCCGAUUCUUUGGAAGACCAGCAGAUGAAAGCCCAGGCCAGGGAGGAGAAGGCUAGAAAGCAGAUGGAACGGCAGUGCCUCGCUCGGGAGAAGCAGAUGCGAGAGGAGGCUGAGCGCAUGCGGGAGGAGCUGGAGAGGCGGCUGCUGCAGAUGAAGGAAGAGGCAACGAUGGCCAAUGAAGCCCUGAUGCGGUCCGAGGAGACAGCUGACCUGUUGGCCGAAAAGGCCCAGAUCACAGAGGAGGAGGCAAAGCUCCUGGCCCAGAAGGCGGCAGAGGCCAAGCAGGAGAUGCAGCGCAUCAAGGCCACGGCUAUCCGGACGGAGGAGGAGAAGCGCCUGAUGGAGCAGAAGGUGCUGGAGGCCAAGGUGCUGGUGCUGAAGAUGGCCGAGGAGUCAGAGAGGAGGGCCAAGCAGGCCGAUCAGCUGAAGCAGGACCUGCAGGAAGCCCGUGAGGCAGAGCGAAGAGCCAAGAAGCUGCUGGAAAUUACCACCAAGCCCACGUACCCGCCCAUGAACCCACUCCCAGCACCACUGCCUCCCGACAUGGCAAGCUUCGACCUCAUCGGCGACAGCCUGUCUUUCGACUUCAAGGACACCGACAUGAAGCGGCUUUCCAUGGAGAUUCAGAAAGAGAAAGUGGAGUACAUGGAGAAGAGCAAGCACCUGCAGGAGCAGCUCAACGAGCUCAAGACCGAGAUCGAGGCCUUGAGACUCAAAGAGCGGGAGACGGCCUUGGACAUGCUGCACAACGAGAACUCUGACCGGGGUGGCGGCGGCAGCAAGCACAACACCAUCAAAAAGCUCACCCUGCAGAGCGCCAAGUCCCGAGUGGCCUUCUUUGAAGAGCUCUAG